CAAACCAAUGCACGCUACGAUCUCUUUGGGAUGCCCGCCAUCCCUAAGCACAAUUACCUACAUAGUAGGCAGCAACGUUGAACAUUUUGAUAGAUCGAAGCUCAUACACUGGACCGGCAUCCUCUCUGACCGCUGGCUGCUGACAGUCUUGUCCUUGCGGGCUUGGCAAGGGUCUGCGGCAGAGGAGCGCAAUCCACCACUCACCUGCAAGCCGUUACGGCUCCGGGCAUCCAUGAUUCAUAUCAUCUACAUCAGUCAGGCGCGCGCGUUCUUUGGCAUCUUUCUCAACAACAAAGUAUUUCGAGGCCAUCGUGACCAUCGACCACCAUGGAUCAGUUGUCGCUUGGGGGACGUUUUGAGCAUACCGUCUGGCAUGCGCAAGACGCGAUUUUAGCCGCAAAUAAUCUGAAGGGGAAUGGACACCACGUGCACCUCCAAUGGAUCUCAACAUUGUCGGAUCUGGCCAAAGCCGGCUAUCUUCAGGUCGCCAUCAUUGCUGUCUCCAGCCUUCUCGUUGUCAGAUACCUACUUCGGCGGCCAUGCGCAAAAGUGUCCCGGCCCGAAGGCUGUGUCUCAACCUUCUCUUUGCCUUUGGAGCUAGGCAGCCAGGUCUUGAGAGCAGCUGCGUUGGCCUUGAUGGUUGUUGCAGCUGUCGAGCAAGGCGGAAGAUGGACCAAUGUCGCCGUCCUCGCUUAUGCCUUCCUGCUAGGCCUUGCAAGACUCGUCAGUGAUACUGAAGGGAGGCAUGUUACUCUCCAUCAUGUUAAUUUCGCUUUAUUCGGCGUUUGGGUCGUUAUCAUCCUUGCGGAGAUACUCCCCAUCAUCGACACAGGGCAAUAUGUGACCGUUCCGACCUCCAUUAUCGUCAGUCUUGCUACACUGAGCACGGCUGUCUUCCUGGCUGCGGCGACACCCAGGGAGUGGGUACCUCCGUCUCUCGAUCUUGACGUCCCUGCGGAUGUGGCCCGACGGCCAAGCCCAGAAGAGACCUGCAGCUGGCUUUCAUUCUAUGUGACUUAUGAGUGGCUGACACCGCUUAUGUGGUGGGGCACACGCCGCCAGAUGACCCUGGAAGAGCUCCCGGAACUCCCAUGGUACGACGAACCCCGUCUGCUUCUGAAGAGAGUCCAAGACGCACGAGGAAAGGGUAACUCGACGUUUUGGACACUGGUGCGGUUCCUGUCAACAGAAAUCAUGACUAUGGGUGCCUGGGUGGCUCUGAACUUUCUAGUAGAUCUAAUAGCCCCAUUUGCACUCUACCACAUCCUCCAUUAUCUGAACGACCCAGAAGGAGCCGUUUUGAGGCCGUGGUUUUGGCUCAUACUGCUUUUCGUGGGCCCAGUUACGCGAUCUGUAUCAUUCCAGCAGUACAUCUUCACAUCCACCCGACUGAUAGUCAGAGUGAGGGCUGCCUUAACGCAAGAACUGUACUACAAGGCCAUGGAAUCCAUGGAACUUAACGAUGAAGGCUUACAGGAUGUGGCCUCGACAGAUAAAGCCAAAGAUGGACAGGAAAAGGAGAAGAACACGACGGCCACAGGGCGGUUGGCGAAUCUCAUGAGCGCCGACAUUGAUGCAAUUGCCGUAGGCCGCGACAUUGUGCUCGUGGUUAUGGGUCUACCACUAGGUACGAUCGUUACAAUAGUUGGUUUAUACCAACUUCUGAACUGGCCUGUUCUUCUCGGUAUUGGUCUCAUGGCUGUCACGUCACCUGUUGGCGUGUACAUUACCCAAAGCAUGCUGAAACUACAGCGUGAUUUGAGAAAGAUCCAGGACUCUCGCAUUUCUGUAAUCUCCGAGUAUCUGACGAGUAUCAGACCCGUCAAAUACUUCGCAUGGGAAAAUGCUAUUGUCAAGAAAAUCAAAAACAUCCGCCACGGGGAGCAACAGAAGAACUGGAAACUCAGCAUCCUUAAUAUGCUCCUUGGCGAGUUCUCAGAGGCGAUUCCCAUCAUUGCCCUGUUGAUCAUAUUCAGUCUGCACGUGACCGUACGACGGCAACCUCUCACAGCAGACAUCGCCUUUACGUCUAUAACCUUGAUCCGAACCAUCCGCCGAAAUAUAGGGAUUGCCACUAACAUGUCACGUAGCUUCACAGCCGCCACAGUCUCACUCAAGCGCAUUGACAGGUACAUCAACAAUGUCACGCCUUUGCAACAACACGCAACAGGCCCACUUCGCAUCGAAAAAGCCACGUUCAGACGGCACAAAAAGGCUGAGUUUGCCAUGAGAGAUGUUUCGAUUGAGUUCAUAGAAGGAGGGCUAAAUGUCGUCACUGGCCCAAGUGGUUCCGGCAAGUCAACACUUCUGAUGGCCAUUCUUGGCGAGACGCUUGUCGAGCAAGGGACAGUAACAUGCCCCAAGGACAUUGCCUACGCAUGUCAGAGUGCUUGGCUGCAGAACGAGACCAUCAAAGAGAAUAUUAUUUUCAACAGCGACUUCGAGGAGGCUCGGUACAGCCGCGUCAUAAAUUGUUGCGGAUUGCCCAUAGACUUCAAUGAAUUUCCGGAACGGGACGAAACAGAAGUUGGCGAGAACGGCGUUUCUCUGAGUGGCGGACAGAAAAGCCGAGUUGCUUUGGCUCGUGCUUUGUAUUCGAAGGCCUCUGUCCUACUCCUCGAUGAUAUAUUUUCCGCCCUUGACGCUAAGACGGCCGCGACGGUAUGGUCAGACUGCUUCUGUGGUGAAUUACUCAAGGGCAGGACAAUUGUUCUUGUCACGCAGCUUCCAUGGAUUGCCACCAUGGCAGACCUCGCCAUUGCAGUGGAGAACGGCUCUAUCAAGGAUGUCCAACAGAAUAUUGGCGUCGUUCGGAAGCCAGUGACACUUAACAAGGAGGCUAUCGAUGAAGGCAACGUUGAUGCAACUGUUGAAAUGGCAGCUACUCAAGAUGCUACGACCAAUGGUAAGAUCACACCAACAAACGGUAUCAACAAAACGGCAGAACAGAAGCGGCGCGAUGAGGUAACUCAAGAGGCCCUCAAAACUGGCCCCACCGCACGACUCCAGUUCUACAAGUACAUGCGAUACUACGGAAGUCCUAUCCAUGCGAUCACGGCUAUUUUUAUGAGUUUCAUGUGCACAGCGUCUGCUAUGGGAACGGGCCUCUGGAUCGCCACCUGGGUUGACGCAUAUGGCAAGGGAGAAGCCGUAAAUAUAGCCUUCUACCUCGGAAUUUACGGAGCGUGGAGCUUUGCGGAGAUUCUUUUCCAAAUGGUUACUUUCGUCACCUACGAAGGUGGAGGUUGGUAUGCCGCUAGAACUCUGCACAACACUUUCGUGACGUCUGCCUUGAGUGCACCACUGUCCUGGUUCAAGACAACUCCCGUUGGGCGGGUUGUGAAUCGUUUCUCACGCGAUAUGAACUCGAUAGAUAUGCGGCUUCCUGGUUUGCUGCGGAACGUGUGCGAGGUAUCCACACGCAUGAUUUUCCAAGUUCUUGCCGUUGGCAGCGUGCUCCCGAUUUUCAUUAUUCCCGCAGCUAUUAGUUGUUUUCUGGGCAUAAUUGCAGGCGAGAUGUACACGAGGACUGCCGUUGCAGUCAAACGGCUCGUCUCGUCGUCUCAGUCGCCACUGUUCUCGCAAUUCGCUGAUAGUCUCGCUGGCAUGGCCACCAUCCGUGCUCGAGCGGGAAUGCCCGCCACGUUUGGCAAACAACUAGCCGAUAAACUUCGCGUUUUUGAGAGGGCUUCUGAGACACAAUUUAACUGCAACCGGUGGGUAAGUCUCAAAGUUGACAUGAUAACGAGUAUUGUGACUGUCGCCGCCGGCGCGAUUGCCCUUUCGCAGGCAGGUACCGUUGCAGCUGGGCUUGUUGGCUUUUCUCUGACAAAUGCUACGACCCUCAGUAGCUUGAUCAUUAUGUUCGUCAGAGACAUGAAUGAGCUCGAGGUAGAGCUACAGAGUUUUCAUCGUGUCCGUGAAUAUGCUCUGGUAGAGCCUGAAGAGCAUGUCGACGAGUAUAAAUCAGAAGGUGGAUAUGUUGACGAUGAGAAUUCUCUUAUGCCAAAGGACUGGCCAAGGACCGGCAGGGUCGAGUUCAAGGACGUGACAAUCAAGUACGACCUUGACGGACCCGAGAUCCUCAAGAACAUCAACUUAAAGUUUGAGGCUGGGGAAAGAAUUGCCGUCGUUGGACGUACGGGUUCUGGGAAGAGUACGUUGGUUUUGUCCAUACUGCGAUUCACCCACAUCGUUUCUGGGCAGAUUCUGGUCGAUGGGGUGGACAUCACGAGAUUUCCCCGACAGAAACUGCGCGAGGCGCUUACCGUCAUCCCACAGGAAGCUGUGCUCUUUAGCGGCGACGUCGGCUCGAAUCUGGAUCCGACUGGUGAAGUUCCCAAAGAAAUCGUGGAUAGAGCCCUGCAAUACUGCAUCGGCAUUGCAUCGUUCGACUAUAACAAUCACGGAACUGCCUCUCCAAACAGCGACGACCCUACUGAAGCAGAGAAUGGGACGCAAACACGAGUGCAGGGUAUUAGUCUCACGACGACCGUCAAGGCUAGAGGUGACAACUUCUCGCACGGUCAGCGACAAGUCCUCUCACUCUGCAGGGCUCUCGUUCGCAAGAGCAAGCUUAUGCUGCUGGAUGAAGCGACCGCUAGCAUGGACUAUGAGACAGACAGGGGUAUUCAGGAGGUGUUGCGGAAGGAGCUAAGUGAACAUGCGAUGGGGCGGACUUUGGUUACCAUCGCCCACCGGCUCAGGACAAUCAUUGACUACGACCGCGUCGUGGUCAUGAGUGCCGGCAGCGUCCUUGAAGUCGGAACUCCGAAGGAGCUUUAUGAUACGAAGGGGCAGUUCUAUGAUAUGAUGAGGCACAGUGGCGAGUUUGAGGAUUUGGAGAAAAUACUGAGUAAGGAGGAUUAGAGGCCCAGUAGAUUUGGCAAAGAACAAACGGAGUGAUUGAUAGACAAGGAUCGACUUGUACCCGUUUUGGUUAGAGACGUGCUAUUUUCGUUGAAAAUCUACUGUUUCGGAAUGCUCAGCUCUCUUGUGUCCCAAUCUCAGCGCAACUGUAGUUCCAGCCUGGAGUACAGUAGCGUGAAAGAGGUGGUCUAUCCCACUUGUAUUCCAGCUAUGUCUGAGAUAUGCGUUUUCUGGUGGGGAGCGGGUAGAUUGGCGGUUGUUAUUGCACGAGAACUACAGAACCAAACGAUGCUGUAUUAGAGUACGUAACUGUUCUACCGUAAAUUAAUGAAUAUAUAAGCUGUUAACCUUGGG